UCCUAUAUAAAAAUAAUAAAUGAAUUUCGAUUUAAACUUUAUCGAAACUACAGAUAUAUAAAUCGAUCACGCUGAUGACAUAAAUCUGUCGCGAACCGUCCAUGAAGUUUGUCCGCUCGAUGAUAUUUUGUUCGUGUGGCAUUCGCAUUUCUUCAGGAUAUACGUAAUGAUCAAAAUUGCGCGACGCGAUAUCACGAAUAAGGUAUCGUCCUUGAGAUAAUAUCGUGGAGGCGACGACGAGAGUAGAUCGCUGUGACAAGGGUGGUCAUGUUUGCCGCCGUGAACCACAGCGGAUUCACGGGCCGGCUUUGGUCGCGCGGACUCGCGCGUCGACUUCGCGGAUCGAGGUUGUCAUCGACAUCGGCCAGUAAGACACAAUCGUCCGAGGUAGAAGCGGCUGUAGCGGCCGAAGUUGCGGGUAUCGCAGCAUGCAAAACGCUUCCAACAGCGGCAAAGCUCGGGCCAAGACUACAAACUGUUCGCGUAUACCGAUGGAAUCCGGAAACGCCGCAAGUAAAGCCAUACAUGCAGCAGUUCAGCGUAGAUCUGAACAAAUGCGGCACAAUGGUGCUGGACGUGCUAGGAUUGAUCAAGGCGCAGCAUGAUCCGACGCUGUCCUAUCGGAGGUCCUGCCGCGAGGGCAUCUGCGGAUGUUGCGCGAUGAACAUAGACGGUGUCAAUACCUUGGCUUGCAUAACAAAAGUGAAAGAAUCUCCGAAGCCGCUGGUAAUCUAUCCUCUACCACAUGCGUACGUGAUUCGGGACUUGGUGCCGGACAUGGAACAGUUCCUGGAACAAUUCCGGUUAAUCGAUCCGUAUUUAAAGCGGCCGGGCGAGGACAGUUUUCUCGGUCUGCGGCAGAUCUUGCAGAGUCCGAGGGAUAGGCGCAAGCUCGACGGCUUGUACGAAUGCAUAAUGUGCGCGUGUUGCACGUAUUCGUGUCCCCCUUAUUGGUGGCUCGGCGAUAAGUAUCUGGGACCUGCGGUUCUAUUGCAGGCAUACAGAUGGGUGAUAGACUCACGAGAUAUGGCACAUAAAGAGAGGCUGGCGAAGCUACGAGAUUUUUAUUCGGUUUAUCGAUGCAAAACAAUCUUUAAUUGUACCAAGACAUGUCCAAAGGGUCUAAAUCCGGGAAAAGCGAUAGCGCAGCUGAAACGUCUACUAGCAGGACUUAUGAAGAAAGAGAAACCAGACCUCGAGACAACGCUUCCAAAUCCCUGCCACGGCGAAGAGGAAUAUCCCUGCAGAAAGGAGUAAAAGAAAUAAAUAAUUAAAGAUGUUUGU